AUGAAAAGAAGCCUUGUUGCACGAAUGAAAAUAGUGGAUCCAAAAAGAUUGAGGGCUGCAAAGAUAGUGCCACAACUACGUGUUUGUAUAAAGAAGACAAGUCAGCCCCAGCCGUAUAGAUUUGUGUCGCCAACUGUCGGAGUGGUGUCUGAAGUAUUAAAAAGCAUUAAUGUGGAUGAUGGGGAGCUUAAAUUGGCACUGAUAGACCUAGCACUUACUAGAUUUAUUGCCAAUAAAACACCAAUCAACAUUUCAUUUACAAGGUUUCUCAAGAACUUUGACAAGUUCAAUGUAUUUUCAUUGCUCUGCGCCUGUAGCUACAUGGAGUCAGCCAGAAUAGCUUCUAAAGGCGAUGUAAGGACGUUUAUUUAUAUCUUUCUUGGAUUUAACAUUCUCUCGUCAAAGUACCUGGAUGAUUACUGUGUUUGGAAUUCAGCCUAUACUAGCCUUUGGGGAAUAGACUAUAUCCAGGCAUCACAGAUUGAGCUAUUUGCACUGAAAAGAUUGAACUACAAGCUAGCGGUUAAUAUAAGCAGCAUCUUAAAGAUGCUUUCGGAGGCUUUUGAUAUACUUGAAAUGUAA